GUCAAGAUGUUGAGCUCGGGGUCAGCACGGAGGCAGAAGCAGCGCAAGGUGCUGCUGAUGGGCAAGUCGGGCGCGGGCAAGUCGUCGAUGCGCUCCAUCGUCUUCAGCAACUACGUAGCCAAGGAUGUUCGCCGACUGGGAGCUACCAUCGAUGUCGAACACAGUAACAUUCGCUUCAUGGGCAACCUCAUGCUCAACCUCCAGGACGGUUUCACCGAGUCGUAUCUCACCAACCAACGCUCAAGUGUCUUUGCAUCCGUCGCCGUCUUGAUCUUCGUCUUUGACGUCGAGUCGCGCGAGUUCAAUGCCGACCUCAUCAACUAUGCCUCAAUCGUCCAGGCCCUCCGCGAGAACUCACCACAAGCCAAGAUCUUUGUGCUAAUCCACAAGAUGGAUCUGAUCAUGUCCAACAUGCGCGAUGUCGUCUUCGCCGAGCGUAGCGACGCAAUCCGCCACAUCAGCAUCGAACACGGCUUUGGAGGAAACCAACAAGAUGCAGGCAAGGACGUCGACUUUUGGGGCACGAGCAUCUGGGACCAGAGCUUGUACAAGGCAUGGACCCAAGUCAUCUACUACCUCGUGCCCAAUGCCGGCGCAAUCGAGAAUCUGCUGCGCCAACUGGCCGAGGUCAUUGAUGCUCACGAACUCAUCCUCUACGAACGCACGACCUGCCUGAUGGUCACGCACGUCUCACGCCCUUACGAAGCAGACGGAAACCCACAUCCCGAUCGCUUCGAGCGCUUAUCCUCCAUCCUCAAAUCACACAAGCACUCUGUUGCCAAACACACGGGCAUGCCCGCCGGAUCAGCCAACUUUGCCGAGCUCCAGAUCAAGACUGGCGAGUUCAUGUUCUUGAUCACUCGUCUUAGUGAGAACACAAACUUGGCUGUGGUCAUGGGCAGCGGUGAGGCCAUGUACAAUGCAGCCAGAAUAAACAUCGCCAACGCACGCGACAAGUUCGUCGAGCUCGACAUUGCGAGCAAGAGUCGCGAAAAGGCCGAGACUAGAGCCACUGAUGACGCCGCAAGAAAUGCCGCUUUUGCUCACUGA